UGUGCCGGUUUGUGGAUAUUUAAGCGAUGAGCUUGUACAUUUGCAGUACACUUGUAUUUUCGGUUUCCCAUCCACCACCAUGCAGCUGCUAACAAUUGCGUUUGUCAUUUCCUUUUCCAAUCUGGUCAUUGCAGACGUAGUCACAGUACAGCAGUGUACUGAAGGAUCGCUUCCGGUGUCGGUAGAUGUGACGGGAUGUCGAUCAACACCGUGCGAACUACCAAAGGGGCAGGAUGCGGCUGUGUUGGUCGACUUUACGGCUGAUCGCCAUCUGACAGCACUCGUACCGAGAGUGCAUGCCAGUUUCGGAGGGAUGACGGUACCGUUUGAGCUUCCCGAUGAUCGGAAAGAUGCAUGCCAGUGGCUCGUCGGUGGCAUGUGCCCCGUAUCCCGCGAUGAGGAUGUAACGUACGAACUGCGCCUGCCAGUGCUCGCAGUGUAUCCUUCGUUAAGCCUUACGGUGGAGUUGAAGCUAGUGGAUCAGGACAGUAAGGUCGUUACCUGCUUCCAGCUGCAGGCAAAAGUAGUCUAGGUAGUCAAAGUAGUAAAUAAAACUAAACUAACUACUUUAAAGUAUAA